CUAUCUUUGUGCCACUAAAACGUUCUUGUCUGAGAAAAUCAGAUUUGAUUCAAUAAAAUAUCUCGUUUAUAAGUUGAUUUUGAUUGUUUUUCUUGACUUCUGAUUCUUUUUUGGAUAUGGGGAAAAUGUAGAGUUGAUAGAGCUACAAACUUUUUUUCCGCUAAACGUGGAAAAAACUAGAUUUUUGCUACUAAAACGUUUUCGUCUGAGAAAAUCAGAUUUGUCGUAUCUGGGUCUCUCUUGGGUUCUAUAAGAAAGGACAUGAUUUUCUUCUCUGAUGAUUGGUCAAUUGCUUUGUUGUCUACUGGUUGCUCUAAACUGUGAAUAUAAUAUCAUGAAUCCACAAUCAAACAAACAGAAUGGGAAUCUUUCCAGGUUAAAUAUUAUUUGUGAAUAGGCAACUUCCCUUGAUUAAUAAAACUCAAGUUAAUGCGGAUGGGAUGUCUUUUGUGUAGAAGUUCAAUUUGCUGAGAUGUUACUAAGGUUGAUCUUGUACAUCAUUACAGGGAUGGGAAAGUCCUUGCUCGUACUGCGAACGGCAGAGGAUUGGUUGGUGGACGAUUCCGACUUGAUUACCCGAGUGUUGGGGCAACCGAAACACUUAUGAUGGCGGCAUCUAUGGCUGAUGGUAUAACUGUGCUUUCAAAUAUUGCCAAAGAACCAGAGGUGAUUGACCUUGCUUGGUUUCUGAAUAGUAGUGGGGCAUGCAUCGAAGGAGCAGGAAGUAACAAGCUAAUUAUUAAAGGAAAGUGCUGUUUACAUGGUUCUGAGUUUGUUAUAACACCUGAUCGUAUCGAAGCAGGAACCUUUCUGCUUGCUGCAGCAAUUACUCGCUCGUGCCUCUCCAUUUCACCUGUCAUCCCAUCCCAUGUGUCAUGUUUAAUCGACAAACUCUCAACUGCUGGCUGCAAAAUCAGAAAGUACGAAGAUUGCACAAUGGAGGUCUCAGCUGUCCCUGCAAACAUUGGUUUCAAUUUGCUGGCAUUCGAUGUUAAGACGUGCCCAUUUCCUGGAUUUCCAACAGAUCUCCAACCUCAAGCCAUGGCAUUACUCAGCACUUGUAGGGGUUUAAGUGUAGUGGAAGAAUCUGUGUUUGACAAUCGAAUGGGCCAUGUAAGAGAACUAAAGAAACUUGGAGCAAGAAUUCAGGUGCAUGGAAGAACUGCACUGAUUCAUGGAAGUGAUAAAGGAAGUUCUUUUGCCAGUGCAUUAUAUGGUUCUCGCCUUCUUGCAAGAGAUUUGAGAGGCGGGAUAGCAUUAGUAUUAGCCGGAUUAGCUGCAGAAGGAACUACAGAGGUCAAUGGCGUUGCUCAUAUUGACCGAGGUUACGAGAAUUUAGAAGAGAAGCUUCAGUUUCUUGGAGCUGAUAUUAAAAGGGCAACUCCAGUUUCUUGAAUUUGAUUAUGUUUCUCGUUAACAUGGAGCCAUAUAGGAGCAUAUUACGGUACCUUUCCUCUGCCCUUCCUGAUUACCUCCAACAAGUGGACAUAUAACCGGAUAUUAUUGUAGCACCCAAAACUUGUAAUGAUGUGAUAUGAAUAUGGACCCUGUCCUUUGAGGGAAUUCAUGUAAAUUUUCUUUGUGAACGUUGUUACUCAGCUAGCUCCUUUUGGUUACAUUACCUUGAUAGAUGUCAGCGAGUAUAGAGAGAAAUGGUGCAUUUACUUGCUAUCUGGCGCAUCUGUAUGGAGGAAGAGAAUGUUAGUUCUCUUCUUUUAUGACCUCCUGAGCCAACAACUAUAUACACUAGUUUUUAUAUGCUUUUCAGUGUCAACUUGAAAUGAAGAUACACUCUGUUCCUUUUACUUGUGGUGAUGAUUAAUCACGUUAUAGUUUAUGCAUCAUCC